GGUAGACAUGGCCGAAUUACUUCUGGACCCGAAUAUUAGAAUUUGGGUGGUCUUACCUAUAGUUUUUAUUACCUUUUUCGUCGGUAUUAUUAGACAUUAUGUUAGUCUAUUACUUGCCAGUCAGAAAAAAGUAGAUUUGCAGAAAGUUGGUGAUAGUCAAGCUCUGAUGAGAAGUAGAUUGCUGAGAGAAAAUGGACGAUUUUUACCCAGAAAGUCCUUCAUUAUGAGGAAACACUUCUUCAAUGAUGAAGAGACAGGAUUUUUCAAGACACAGAAGAGAGAGGGACCUGCUCAAAAUCCAAUGACUGACCCAUCUAUGAUGACAGACAUGCUGAAAGGCAACCUAACAAACAUCCUGCCCAUGAUUGUCAUUGGUGGAUGGAUCAACUGGACUUUCUCUGGAUUUGUCAUCACCAAGGUCCCUUUCCCGCUAACCCUGCGCUUCAAACCAAUGUUGCAGCGUGGGGUGGAGCUGGCAUCCCUUGAUGCUUCAUGGGUAUCAUCUGCCAGCUGGUACUUCUUGAACGUCUUUGGCCUCAGGAGUGUCUAUUCGCUCAUCUUGGGAGAGAACAAUGCUGCCGACCAAGCCCGUCUCAUGCAGCAGCAGAUGAACCAGGGCAUGGCUAUGGCUCCAGACCCUACCAAAGCCUUCAAGGGGGAAUGGGAAGCUCUGGAAAUUGCUGAACAUCGCUGGGCUAUGCAGAAUGUGGAAGAAGAAUUAAUAGGCAGGACACCUAUGCCAGAGGAUAUCUAUGUAAAAGAUAAAUAUAUAUAGUCUGGUAAACUGUAAAUAUGUUCAUAUUGUUGAGGUCUUUUUCACUUACCGGUAUUUAAUGUACACCAUACAAUCAUUAAACAUUCAGUGGAUUUUACACUUCUAUUCCACUCUUUCUCCCAUAAAUACACUUUUAUGGAAGAAAUUGAUUAUGGUUUAUGUUCUGAGAAAUCAUUAUUUUUGAAAUUUAAUGGCCUACCAACAUUGGACUUUUACCCCAAACAGUUAGCAAUGUUAGCAAUUUCUACAACUUUGUAAUAGAACAGUCUGAGUAAAUAUCACAACAUAGACAAUUAGACAUGUACAUGUAUACUGGUAGUUAUGGUUCAACAUUGUAUGAAGUGGGUUUGACACAGAUCUCUCCCUUAAUUGAGAAUGAUUUCUUUUCUGAGUACCGUAUGUAAAGUUUUUUUUUGGUGACAUUUUCUUUUUUCCAACAGUAAUUUUUGAAUACAUGUUACUUGUUAGAAUAGCACAUACCAGUACCACAUUGGAUAUUACGUUAGGUACUGUAAAUAACUACAUGUAAUAACAGUAGAUUAAUCUCUAAAAGUUUGAUUUCAGUCAAAGCAUAAAUGUGGUUUACAAGUGCAAUGUACAGACACUUUGACUGGAAUGUAAAAACAUCUCGGUAAUGUUUAUUACUUUUAUACUUUGUGAAGUGAAAAGAAUAUUGGCAAACUUUUGCAGAAAAUCUCACACAAGUUCACUACACUAACCUUGGUCUACACAUGUGUACCUGGUAUGUGUAAUGAUGAAAAUCUGAUCAGCUUAAUGUGAUUUUUUUUUCCCCUUUUAGUUUAGUUUAUGUGGUUUAUUUUACUCUUUUUUUUUUGUAGCACUGUUAAUUGGUUAUUAGAAAGUAUUGGUUAAUUGUGCUAUUAUUAAAGUCAUUCAAAUAAAAUAAAAAAAUUGAAAAAGUAUUUGAUCAGAAGACAUGUACUCAUCAUUUAUUGCAAUUUCUUAUUCAUUUGUGAAGGUCUCUACGAUCAAAUAAAUUGCAAUUUGAUACAAUUAAA